AUGCCUCACGCAAACACAGACAACGACCCUAAUGGCACAAAUGGCCAAGGACUCGGAUCCGAAUUAUGGCGACACGCAGCUCCUGAGUCCACUCAGAUUUGGAAAUUCCUACAAACGGUGAACAAAGACAAAGGCCUCCAAUUGAGAGACUACGACGACUUGUACAACUGGAGUAUAGAUCAAGUCUCUGACUUCUGGGAUGCUGUCUGGAAGUUCACUGGUAUCAGAGCCUCGGCCCCUUACGACGAAGUGUUGCCAAAAGAUGCUCUUAUGUUCCCGAGGCCACCUUUCUUCGAUGGAGCCAAGUUGAACUUUGCCGAGAAUCUAUUAUUUCCACCACAAGCACCUAGCGCAGACAGUCCGGCCAUCAUUGCGGCCACAGAAACCGACAGAGAGACCGUGACAUGGGCCGAACUACGUGAGAAAGUCCGCUUGUGCCAAUCUGGAAUGCUUGCAAACAACGUUCAGCCAGGAGACAGAAUCGCAGGUUAUGUUGCCAACCACACUAAUGCUCUUGUCGCCAUGUUGGCCGCAACAUCUCUUGGAGCCAUCUGGACAGCCAUCAGUCCGGACACUGGUGUGACUGCAGUUCUGGACCGUCUCACUCAGAUCGAGCCCGUUAUCUUGUUUGCAGAUAACGCCAGCAUGUACAAUGGCAAGACUCAUCCAACCAUGCCCAAAGUCCAGGAGAUCGGCUCUUCGUUACCCAGCUUACGGGCACUCGUGGUUCUUCCCACGAUCCCAUCGGUGUCAACACAAAUCAACUCGUCAUCUCUGGCAGGAAUUGCCACUUCGUACGACAGUUUCACCAAGAAAGACGAUGCACCACAGGAGAUCAUCUUCACUCAGCUACCACCUGACCACCCAGUAUACAUCCUCUAUAGCUCCGGCACAACCGGAGCACCAAAGUGUAUCGUCCAUGGAGCCAUCGGUACUUUGAUCCAGCACAAGAAGGAGCAUAUCCUACACUGUGACAUUCUGCCUGGGGACAGGCUGUUCUACUUUACGACAUGUACUUGGAUGAUGUGGCAUUGGCUGGUAUCAGGUCUUGCGAGCGGUGCGACAUUGGUCCUCUACGACGGCUCACCGUUCAGAUAUGUUUCAGAAGGAAAGUCUAUUCCCGACGACUUGGCCAUGGCAAGAUUGAUCGACGAAUUGAGCAUCACACAUUUCGGCACCUCGGCCAAGUACCUCUCAGUCCUGGAGCAGAAGUCUGUCAUGCCGAGGGAACAGGGUGUAUCACUGAAGACAGUCAGAGCAAUCUACAGCACUGGUUCUCCUCUCGCGCCCUCGACCUUCCAAUACGUCUACAGAGCGUUCGGCUCCGUAAAUCUAGGAAGCAUCACUGGCGGUACAGAUAUCAUCUCCCUCUUCGGAGCUCCUUGUCCUUUGACACCCGUCUACACAGGCGAAAUACAAGUACUCGGUCUCGGCAUGGCCAUCCGCGCCUGGGACUACUUAGGCGCCGACGUGACAUCCUCAGGCUCAGCCGGCGACCUCGUCUGCACAAAACCCUUCCCCUGCCAGCCCGUCCAAUUCUGGGGCCCCACUGGCGAAGCCAAGUACCAAAGCUCCUACUUUGAGACUUUCCCUGGCGUAUGGCAUCAUGGCGAUUUCAUCCGAUUCAACCCCAAGACCGGAGGCUUGUAUAUGCUUGGACGUAGCGAUGGCAUUCUCAAGCCCUCGGGUGUGAGGUUUGGAAGUGCAGAGAUCUACAACAUCUUACUCAAGCAUUUUCCUGAACAAGUCGAGGAUGCGCUGUGCAUUGGCCGCCGCCGCGAGACCGACGAUGAUGAGACGGUAGUCUUGUUCCUUAAGAUGAAGGAAGGAGAAGAGUUCAACACUGAGCUUGUCAAGAGCAUACAGAAAGUCAUCAGAUCAGAACUCAGUGCGCGUCAUGUACCUGGCAUUGUGGACGAGACGCCGGAGAUCCCGGUCACGACGAACGGGAAGAAGAUCGAGGCUGCGGUCAAGCAGAUCUUGUGUGGUAUGAAUGUCAAGACGUCGGCUUCAGUGGCUAAUGCUGGAUGUCUUGAUUGGUACAGGGAGUGGUCGAGCGCACACAACUAG